GGAAACAAGAUGUUUUAAAAUAGAGCAGAUUUGCUAGCUGUUGAUAAUAAACUGAUUUUUUUUAAAAGAGAGAGUUUGGUAAUACUUGGCUUUUUUUUAAGGCCAUGGCUACCUUGGUCUGCAGGGUCCAGUUCCUCGACGACACCGAUCCGUUCAACAGCACCAACUUCCCGGAGCCCACCCGACCCCCGCUCUACACUUUCCGAGAGGACAUCUCGCUCAUCAAUCAGAUCCCGGGGCUGCACCGACUGCUUCAAGCUCCUCACAAGCUUGAUGACUGUGCACUGCAGCUGUCCCACAAUGGUACCUAUCUCGAUUUGGAGUCUAACUUGGCUGAACAGAAAGAUGAAUUGGAAGGCUUCUUGGAAGAUUCUGGCAGAGGAAAGAAGCACAGCAUGAUCCUGCGUACACAACUCUCAGUCCGGGUCCAUGCUUGUAUUGAGAAACUCUACAAUUCUUGUGGCCGGGAGCUGAGAAGAGCCCUGUUUUCACUCAAGCAGAUCUUCCAGGAUGACAAGGAUUUGGUUCAUGAAUUUGUCGUUGCUGAGGGUUUGACAUGUUUGAUAAAAGUAGGAGCAGAAGCAGACCAGAACUACCAGAAUUACAUCUUGAGAGCUCUUGGCCAGAUUAUGCUGUAUGUGGAUGGAAUGAAUGGGGUGAUUGACCACAAUGAAACUAUCCAAUGGCUCUACACACUCAUAGGAUCAAAGUUCCGCCUGGUGGUGAAGACAGCCCUGAAGCUGCUGCUGGUGUUUGUGGAAUAUACUGAAACAAAUGCACCGCUGCUUAUCCAAGCUGUCACUAAAGUGGAUCACAAGAGGGGUGCACGAGCAUGGUCAAACAUUAUGGAAAUACUGGACGAAAAAGAUGGGAUUGACACAGAGCUUCUCGUUUAUGCAAUGACUUUAAUAAAUAAGACAUUGGCAGGUUUGCCUGAUCAAGAUUCCUUCUAUGAUGUAGUGGACUGUCUGGAAGAACAAGGGAUGGAAGCUAUUUCACAGAGACACUUGAACAAAAAAGGAACUGAUUUGGAUCUGCUCGAACAAUUCAAUAUUUAUGAGAUGAGCUUGAAGCAUGAAGAUGGUGACGAUGACAGCAUUACUUUAAGUGGACGCAAGGACCGGCGAAGAUCAAGCCUCGGUGUGAAUGAGCGACGUGGUUUAGAACGAAGGAGAAGUCGAAGACAUUCAGUGCAGAAUAUCAAGAGCUCCUUGUCUGCCCCUGCAAGUCCAUGCAGUGCCCUGCCUGGCCAUUUAAGCCCACACUUCCUCAUGUCCAAUGGCCAGAGGCAUGAUGAUCUCAGCGAAAACAAAGAUGAGGCUCAGCUACACUACAUGAUCCGCCCUGCCGAUGAACCAAACCAGUCUGAUGAUGUAUUUGAGGCAAAUCUCUCAGAAUGCAAUGCAGACGAGGAAUACGAAGAGGAAGAACCUGAAGAAGAGCAGCCAGUUACUGAAUCUAAUACUGAGGAUGAGAGGGAAGAUGAUCCCUCUUGUCAGGGUCAGGAAAGUGAGUUGAAGCCAGAUGCAGCAAUUGAAUAUGCAGAAAGUAGUUUCCAGAGUUCAAAAUAUGUAGCGAGCUUUAUCCCUGUGCCUGAAGGGGAAGGAUCUUCCAGCCAGUUCCAGACUCCUGAACUUAACAACCUGCUGUCUAGCUGUUCUCCUAAGUCACCUAGUUCUCUCAGCGAUUACCAACAUCAUUUGCAACCGUCAUCAUUUUCUUCAUCAUCAUCACCAUCAUCAUCUAUUGUCAUCCGUCAGUCACCAGCUGUUCCACAAAACAGUUCUCAAGAUUCAUCAGCAAAUGUUACUCCAGCUUUGUCUCCAAGUGUUGAGAAGUUGCCAUAUCUCAUCCAUACACCUUUCCAUCUGUUUUCUUAUGAUCUGAGUGAAACUCCUAAAAGUGUCAAAGAUAAAGAAGCAGAAAUUAGGGACAGCAGCUUCUCUGUUUCUGUUUUCAGUCAGCUGGAAUCUUCCUACAUGAACAAAUACACUGAUACCUUUGAACCUUAUACCUCCAGGUCUUCUAAUAGAUACAGCAGCUAUGGCAGCAGUGCCUUCGCGGGAUCUCGAUCUUACUCUGGGCUUGCUUCCCCCACCGCCUCCAGCUCUCGCUACAGGACCUCUCUCUCACCUGCUCCUGAGGCAAAAUUGGACAGGCCAGUGCUGGGAGGUCUCCUCUCCUCUUCAUACAGACAGCAUCAAGAGUCACUGGCAGCAGAGCGAGAGAAACGGCGUCAAGAGAGGGAAGAGAGACUACAACGGAUAGAACGUGAAGAAAGAAACCGAUUCAAUCGGGGAUAUAUAGAAAAACGAGAAGAACAAAGGCUGGCAAGAGAAGAAAGAUAUAAAUACCUGGAAAAACUAGCGGCGGAGGAAUAUGAAAAGGAAGCCAGGAGUCGGGUGCCACGGGCACGGAGCGACCUUUCCCUCAGCCUGAGUUCACCUGCUGCCCCGUCGUCCCCUGUCACAAUUUGCAGGACUCCCUCACCUGCAAAGCCUCAGGAGGAGCCUGAGCCUCCAUCCACACUGUGUGAAUCACCGCAGCCUACAGAACUCUCUGCCAGUGAGCAAGAGCCAGAGCCAAAGCCUGAGCCUGAGCCUGAGCCUGAACCAGAGCCUGACUCCGAAGUCGAACGUGAAACAGAGGUAGUUGCUGAGUCAGGACCUUCGGAGCUGGAGACUGGGCAGGGAGCUGAUCGUGAGCCUGAAGAACAUGCAAUCCUGAGUGAGAAGGAGAGACAGAAUGAAGAAGUGAAUGAGAAAGAUAACUGCUCAGCGUCCAGCAUCUCGUCAGCCAGCAGCACUUUAGAAAGAGAAGAAAGGGAAGACAAAGUAACCAGCGACAAUGAAACUGGUAAAUGGACGCAAAGCAUUAAGGAGGUCAGUGUAAAUGAGCAGUGCAGCAACAUUCUCAAUAACAAACGAUUCAUGCUGGACAUGUUGUAUGCGCAGAACAAAAAGACAGAAGAUGGUGAGGAAACAGAGCUUGAGAGAAAAGAGGAGGAAAAACAAGAGUCCCUGGCCACUUUGGCCAGCCGCAUCAGCAUUCUCCAGGCCAGCAAACAGGCUUGUGAGGACAAAGUGAAAAAAAUGGAGAUUGACCAUCUGGAGAACCACGGCAGUGUGAAAGCUUUCACUGACAAAUUUAACAGCGGGGAGCUGAGUAAAGGGCCACCGUUGUCUGAUUCUGAAAUGACUGCUAAGGCUGUGGAUAAAGUGGCUGCACAGCCAAAAAAGGAAUCCGAUUACAUUUGGGAUCAACUAAUGGCCAAUCCAAGGGAGCUAAAAAUCAAAGAUAUAGACUUCACAGACUUGGAGGAGGAUGACGAUGUAGAUGUGUUGGACAUGGAGAACUUACUUAAUUCUGGAGACGCAAUAAUUCCGCCACCACCCCCUCCCCCGCUUUCUUUUAUGGGUUUGCCUCCCCCUCCGCCGCCCCCUUUAUUGUACUGCCCACCUCCUCCCCCAGCACCCGGGGUGUCCACACCCCCACCUCCGCCUUUUGGCCUUCACCAAGCCGUGGGGUCGCCCCAUCUGUCCAGGAGUGAGCCAACAUUUAUCAAGAAGAAGAAAACUAUCAGGCUAUUCUGGAAUGAAGUCCGACCGAUUAAUUGGCAAUACAAAAACCACAAGCGAUGCCGAGAACCCCUCUGGACCCGCCUGGAGCCUGUCAAGUUGGACGUAUCCAAACUGGAGCAUCUGUUUGAAUCAAAAUCCAAGGAAUUGCCAGUCACUAAGAAAACGGCUGCAGAUGGGAAGAGACAGGAAAUCAUUGUGUUAGACUCAAAACGGAGCAAUGCCAUUAACAUUGGACUGACCGUAUUGCCACCACCAAGAACAAUUAAGACCGCAAUUCUGAACUUUGAUGAAUAUGCCUUGAAUAAAGAAGGUAUAGAGAAAAUCCUGACCAUGAUUCCCAGUGAAGAGGAAAAGCAGAAGAUCCAGGAGGCCCAGUUGCUGAAUCCCGACAUUCCUUUGGGUUCUGCAGAGCAGUUCCUUCUUACUUUGUCUUCUAUUAGUGAACUCUCAGCCAGACUCCAACUCUGGGCCUUCAAGCUAGACUAUGAGACAGUAGAGAAGGAAGUUGCGGAGCCUCUGCAAGACUUGAAAGAAGGAAUGGACCAGUUAGAAAACAAUAAAACUUUAAGAUACAUCCUGGCAACAUUACUGGCUAUAGGCAACUUCCUAAAUGCAUCAAAUGCAAAAGGUUUUGAGCUGGGGUACUUGGAGAAAGUACCAGAAGUAAAAGACACAGUGCAUAAGCAAUCACUGCUGCAUCACAUAGCGACUAUUGUGGUGGAAAAAUUUCCAGAUAGUUCGGACCUGUAUUCAGAGAUUGGGGCCAUCACAAGGUCAGCCAAGGUCGACUUUGACCAGCUUCAAGAAAACCUGUGCCAGCUGGAGCGGAGGUGCAAAGCCUCAUGGGAUCAUCUAAAGGCUAUUGCGAAGCACGAAAUCAAACCCAGCCUGAAGCAGAAAAUGUCGGAGUUUCUGAAAGAUUGUGCUGAGAGGAUCAUCAUUUUAAAAAUCGUUCACAGAAGAGUAAUGAACAGAUUCCAUGCUUUUCUACUGUUCAUGGGACAUCCUCCACAUGCAGUGAGGGACGUGAAUAUUCAUAAGUUCUGUAAGAUCAUCAGUGAAUUUGCUCUCGAGUACCGUACCACGAGGGAGCGAGUGUUACAGCAAAAACAGAAACGCGCCAAUCACCGAGAAAGAAACAAGACCAGAGGCAAAAUGAUUACAGAUACUGAUGACGAAGAUGAUGGUGAGACAGGAAAGUUCUCCAGCAACACUGAAACUGUCUCGGGUGAGAGCCAGCCGCACGGAUUGCAGUCUGCCGAAGAGGCAGCAGAACAUGAAAACAUGAAAGCUGUUCUGAAAACCUCAGUACCAUGUGGCGAAGUCACCACCGCUGUGCCAGGGGUGCGGACCCGAACAAGAGCCAGCAGAGGCCGUGUCGGGUCAUGCACUGCAGGCAACGAUGACUCCCCAAAUGCCACAGACGAUGCUGCAGACGAAAUAAUGGAUCGGAUUGUCAAGUCAGCCACUCAAGUGCCAAAUCAGCGAACUGUGCCUAGAGAGAGGAAAAGAUCGCGUGCGAACAGGAAGUCUUUAAGAAGAACAUUAAAGAGUGGCCUGACGCCAGAAGAGGCCAAAGCAUUGGGUUUACUCACCACCUCGGAGAUGCAAGUGUGAGGUGACUGAGCAUGAACUGAGGCAGGAGACGCCGCUAAUGCCUAGACAAGGCACAGCUAGAAACAUCAACUGACAACCAACUGCUGCUCCUGACAUCUGGUCAUCCCCCCCCGCCCCAAGCUCUGUUCAUCAUACGAUGCUGAUGAGAAGCAAGAGCUAGAAAGAGAUGUCGUGUAUUGGCACUAAAGUUCUGACAGCUUUCUAAAAUUUAAAAUCAGGAUUGUUCAGAAGUAUUUAUACCUAGGUAAAAGUAUUGCUUUUUUGUUUUUUGUUUUCAUAUCUAAUUGAAGUGAUGAGGAAAAUUUAUUGAGUAAGCUGUUGUACGUGAUAUGUUUACGUUGACUUUACUUGUGGCCUACUUAUGUAGCAGGAACAUUCACCGUAUCAGUGAGAAUACUGGGUCUUAAAGAGACAGUGUGCUGAUGUUGACAGGCCAACAACCUAGCUGUGUGUUAAAACUUUCUUCUGACAAUUGUGUAACUUCCAUCCAAAGCUAAUUAAUUUAAGAUGUUUUUAUCAUCAAUCCUUCAAUUCUGCAAUGUUUUUAUUUUAUCUUUGUAGGCCUGUUUAGUGAUUGCAAAGGAUUCCCCCCCGCCCAACCCUACUACUGCCCACUGAUGCAUGUUAGAUAUUUCAAAAAAGUUUAUUUUAUGUAUUAUGAAAUGCUGAUAGAGUUGGGCCAGAGAAGGGUCUAAAAGAGGUAACCGAUAUUGCCUUAUUCACUCCGUUUAAGUAAUAAUGCUAAAAGUGGUGGGAUUGUAAAGCACAACAUUAAAUUGGCCUCUUUCUUAGUAAUAGCUUUGCAUUUCUCCUUGAAAUAGUGUUGCAGUAAAAUUUUCUUGACUUCCUUUGGUCAGAGAAGAUAAGAUAAUUGUUUUUGUUGAGUAUGUGUCACAGUGGUUCUAUACUGGCUGAAGAUCAGAACUUUGACCUUAGCUUAUAUGCCUGUUGGGUGAAGAUUUGCCUUGACUGUUCAUUAUUGAAUAGGAUAUUCCAAGGGCUUUCAGAAAGAAUGCAUUUAAGACGUUGCUGCAUGUAGCAUCUGGAGCAGUUCUUCCUCAGACCCUGUGCUGACCAUGGCUUCCACUUUGUAGUUAAUGGAGUAAUGCAGAUUCUGGAGUCAGUGUGUAAACUCACCACUCGUUUGCUGCUGGAGGCUCACAGCUCGCCUUAGCAUGAAGGGUGUGCAUUUUGUCAGAAGCAGAAAGUUUCCAAAGGCACUGGUCUUGCAUUAUACUAAGCUUUGAAUUGUCACAUACUUGAGUAAUAAUGUGUAUGUGCAUUACAUCCAAGAGUGGAAAAUGGGUUGUGGAUUUGAAACAAAAUGACAAACCUUUUGAAUUCUGAAAUUCAGUAGGCAAUCCUUAAUGUUACAGUACAGGUGACUGUUCUUCCCUCGACCUGGUUAAUAGGAGAGCUAGGCUCCUAAAUUGAAAAAUGAUGAGUUUUGUGCUAUGGGGUAUGUACUUUGGAGGAUUGAAGCCCUUGAGAUGGAACAAGCAUAUUGCCAACUGAGUGAGGAGCAAGUCAUGAAUCUGUUAUUUGUGUAAAUUCACUUCAGGUUUGUAAGGUAAUUUAUUGUCCUUAAGCUAAAGUAUUGUUACUGUACGUCUCCAGAGUAUAGGAUAUGUUGAAAUGCAUUUAUGAAAGUGGAAGUGGUUGGAUGCAUGAAAUAGAUCACAAGGAUCUAUUUUUAAUGUGACAAGUGAGGAUAUUCUCCAUCAUAUGGGGACAUUAUCAAUUAAGUUUGGGAUCCAAAGUCAAAAUGUUUUGUGUUGUGGUUGAAUAUGUUUUGAAGCUGUUUUUAACUAUUUUAAAGGGGUUCUAUCCGUUUCAAUUCAGUUCAGAAUUCAGUGCACCAGUAAUUCCUAUAUACCUGGGCUCAAGCUUGUUUAGAUGUGAGUUUAUAAUUAAAUGGGCUGAAUUUAUUUAAUUGGGGUACGUAUCAGUUGGGCCCACUUAAUCCGGGAGAGACUCCACGCAAGUCUUUUGGCAGCGUUAAAACCCAUGUGAUUCUGUGGGCUUCUCCGGAUUAACUGGAAGCUGCUUGGCUUUUCCUGCAGACAGCCUGGAUAACCCUGUCAGAUUUGCCAACGCCUCUUUAGUGGUGGUCCAUUCUGUGCCUGAUCAAGGGACUUGUAUUAAAGAAGGGUGGUGGCACUGAAAGUCACCAGCCCCUCCCUACAACCCUGACUUGCAUGGUGCCCUCCCUCACCUGUGGCCUAUGACGUCCUCACCAACCUGGGGGUCCAGUGAACACAUUGUCUCCAGCUGAUACUGACUGUAUUGUGGGGAGCUGCUGGCUUCUGGCAGGCAGGGCAUCCAACAUCAGCGUCCUUAAUCCCAGGGCAGGCUUAAUGGCAGCCAUUUACAUGUCUGAAGGGCAUUUAAUAGUGUUGGGCCUUUGCAGGAAACAGCAGGGGUGCCCUGCUGGUUCACUGCUAAGACCCUGAUUGGACUAAUUAAAGCCCACCCAAUGCCCCUAUAACUAGUGCUUAAGGGGCAACAAUCUUAAUACAAUAUUUAUGGAAAGGCGCUAUUUAUAAUUUUCUGUUGAGUUCCUAUGAAAAGGUUGAGGCGAAAGAGAUGUUUUUUUUAAAUAGAUAGAAAAUUAUAUAUAUAAAAUGUACACUUAAUACCAGAGAGUGUAUCAAACUCCAAUAUAAUCAGUGGCAAGUAACAUUGUGAAGGGAUUCAGACAAGAUUCAAUUCAAUCAAAGGUCACCUGAGCCCCACAAUUGUGUUGCUACUUUUUAACCAUUGUGUCCCUAUGUAACUUUUAUUCAUUAAACUUGAAAAGUUUCUGAACUAUUUUUAACUAAUAUGCAUUGUAGAACCCAGGAAUAAAUUAACCAGCCCUUGGACCAACGUGGCUGAGCCAAAAAGGUUAUUUUAUUUGCUGCACUAUUUGCUGGUUCUGGCUGUAUUAUUGUCUUACCAACACAUCAAAGAUUCCCACUUUCCAGUGUCUGUUCAGAAUUGAAAACCUUUAAAUCUCCAUGUGGUUUCAUGGUGGCUGAUGCUGAUUAAUCCACUUCUUUUAAAAGCCUGGGUUCAACCUUACUGAGGAGGAAAGAGUAUUACUGGCACUGACUAAAUUAAGCAUCACUCUAAGUUAUUAGUUCAUUUAACUGUUCGAAUAGAAGAAUGUUAAGUAGACUUAUUGGUUUCAGGAGCACUGGACUAAUAUGUGACAAGGCCAAAUAUCUGGAAUCUGUGCCUGAUUCUAAACACAGACCACUUCCAAGGUAUAAGGAAAUUAAAUUGGUGAAUUGCUACUUGAAUUGGGACUCAGUAAAGGAAAGUCUAUAUGAGCACUUCCUUUUCAGUGUUCCUUUCCUACCUUUUUUUAAAACGUUUUUUGUUUGUUUUAAAAUAAGUCAGGAAUUUGCCAUUAUUACCCAUUAGAUUUCCAUGCAUUUUUCCAUCCAGAGUUGCUCAGUGAAUACUAGUUGUUGAAGGAUGUAUUUGUUUCCUGGAGUGUCUCAUGUCGUUUCAGUGCAGUUUUGAUGUCUCCGGUGGGUUUGCAAUCAGAUGCUGUUUCAUGUUUUGGCGUUCACACGUUUCAGACUUUGGUCAGUUUUCUGCUUACUCCAGACUGGUACAAACCUGUCAGCAUUGAAAUUAAUGAUUCAUUUCAGGAAAUGGACAAUCCCUCCUAACUGAUGGAGCUGUAGAGAACAAAGGAUUGAAAAUGAUAUGUUGUCUUGAAGCGAGGACAUAGGUAUUAUUUUAAGAUGUGUAAAAAACCAAUUCAUAUAUAUGUGUUAGAUCCAAAAUAGUGGGCUAAUUUAAACAGCGCUGCCUGCUUUAGAUGAAGCAGUUUCAAGUUUGAUUACAAUUGUUGACCAAAUGCCAAAAGAUCUCAAGUUGGAAUCCAAUUUCAGAACAUUUUAAAUCAACACGUAAAUGAAGUAUGGGAUCAGUUGUGACUUCAUCUAUAGAAAGCAAGCCGACUUGAGGCCUGAACUUUGGUCUAUUGCUCUUCUUUUAAUAUGUGUGACACAAAACUUGACCUUUAGCUUUGUCAGUCUCAUCAUCUAGCAUUGUGUCUCAUUUAUUCCAAUGUUUUAAAUCUGGUCAUUAGCUUCUGUUCCAAAGUACAGUGUUUUCAAUAUUAAAGUUGUAAAACAAGUCAACAAUGAGCUAAGACAGAAGUUGACAAACCAAAGUAAAUAGCACUUUAACAAUUGUGCAUUUACCUAUUUUUUUAUAAUUAUCUCUUUGGGAGAAUGACUAUUAAAAAGACCAUCUGUUCUAGUUUAGUGCAGGGUUACUAUCUGCAGCAUGUUAUGGAAGAUGCCCUUCAAAAUGUCAGGCAGUUACAAGAAGAAUUACAAACUCAAAACCAACUAAACGCAUUUUGCACUUUAAUAGUUCAUCAUUUGACCCUUCAUUAUUCCUUGAAUAUAUUUCUUAAUUUGCUCCUUUUAUUUCUUAUGAUCAUGCCAUUGUACAGCAUCGUGAUUUAACAAAAUAGCACUGUAUAAUGAUUGCAGCACAGACAGAGAUCACUCGGUCCAUUGUCUGCAAAAGCAUCUCUGCUCUUCCCAAUCCUUGACAUUUUAUCAUAGUCCUGAAGUCAAUUCUCUUCACGUAAUUAAAUUGACUUUGAAAGCCAUUUUUGAAAAUACCUCCACCACCAACUCAGACAGUGCAUUCCAAUGUUAACCACUGGUUUUAUGCUUUUUUUAUAUGAUGUUGCCUUUUGGAAUUUUUGCAAUUCACUUUGAAUUGUCACUCUCUGGUUCUCAACUCUUCCGCCAAUGGAAAUAGAGUCUCCCUAUCUUCUCUAUCCAGACCUCUUCUGGUUUUGGCAAUCUUAAUCCUUUACAAUGCCAGGUUUUCCAAUCUAUCUGUGUAACUGAAAUCUCUCAUCCCUGGAACAAUUUUCAUGAAUCUUUUUCUGCAUCCUCUCCAAAGCUUUCAAGUCGUUCCUAAAAUGUGAUGACCAAGUUUGGAUGCAAUAUUCCACCUGAGGCCAAACAAGUGUGACAUAAAGGUCAGCUUAGCUUGUUUUUGUUUUAAAUCUACCAACUUCACACCCUUGUAGACCAGCUAUUCUCAGGGCACUCAAUCAUAAGUUUAUUCUACAGGCUUUCCCACCUAAGCAGCACCUGGUUUCUCAAUCUGAUAGCUGCCUUGAGAAACCUGUAAAGAAGGUAUGAAGGCAGCAGGGCAAUCAGCUUGGUUUCCUGAGCUCAAAAGCUGCUCUCCUGCCAUUCCCCACACUCGCCAUCGUCACGGCUGCUCGCUCCCUCCCUCCUCCUAACAUCCAACAUGUGGACUUAGAAUUGCUUAACCACUGGAAAGUUGUCUGUUCUAACUGAAUACCCUAAACUCCUCCUGUUCAGUAACUGUAGGUGAUAAUCCACAAAUCUAUUGUAAUAAUGUCCUAAGCGUUGUAUCUAAUUUCCUUUAUUCUUCAUAUCUCGGUUUGAACAUUUGCGAAAUGAAAAAUAAAGUUUGCUACCAGUUUUAGAGAUAGUUGCUAGCAUUUAGAUCAGUCUAAAAUGCAGAAAUACAAAGAACGUGACUUUUUUUCAGUUUAGUUUUGGAAAGGCUGAUGUAUCCUGGGAAAAGCAUGUUCUUUUUUUUUUCACCAGUUUUGUAUUUUUUGAUUUAAAAAGAUGCAUUUUUGGCUGCUGUGAUUGCGCAGACACUUUCCCUUCUGGUUUUGAUCUUUGGCUUCAGAUCUCAGCAAUUUUUCAUUUAAAAACUGCCAAAUUAUACCAGCACACAACAGUACCAUUUUCAAAUUAAUCAGCAUUGUACAAUAUACAUUUUGGUGUUGGUAAAACUUCUCUGUUUGAAUAAUGAAAGCCAAUUUUAGUUUUCUAGAAGUCAGCUUUACAUGUGGAUUUCUGAGCUUAAUCCUAAUUGGUAAUCACUUUUCUCUCAUCUGGUUACAGCUCUAAUACUGGGUAAGCCUAAUCAAUUUUCUUCAAUAGUUCGAGAUUUUAGUUUUGUCUUGGCCUGCGACAUGGCAACUGUCUCUUUAACUUACCUGGAUUGCAUAAGGUGGCUACAUCACACUGGCAACAUGAAUGUUGGAUUUUGGAAAGGUUACAAACUGUGUAAUGAAGCUUCCUGGAGUAUUUGGAUAAAACUGAAUCUAUUUGCUUUUUGUGUGUGUGUUUUUUUUUAAGAAAAGGAAAGCAAAUGCAUUCUUUCAAAAAGAAACUAUCCAUUUGCAAUCCUUUGCAACCUGAAGCCAGGCUUCCUCAUAAACUCUGCACUUUUACUGAUGACAGUAGAGCUGAAUAUCAGACCUUAUAGUUUACCAGCCCUUCCGAAGGGCUGCCAGUACAAGAUCCAUAGCCUUGUGGUUCCCUGGUAUGACCAUACGCAAAGCUUUAACACUGUAGCGAGGCCACACAAAUAGUCAUCUCCAAUUUCUGAUUCAAGGAGUUAAAAAGAAAUUCAUCAAUUCUCAUUUAAUUUGAAACUGUCUUCACAAUUAUUAACACCUUUUGUUUUGAGAACUGGGAAUUGUAAAGAGAAUAAACAGUUUUUUUUAAAAGGACUUGUAAAGUAGAAAGAGCAAGUUUCUAAGAACAAUAAGAAUAAAAGAAGGGCAAUGCUGUACAGUUGUGUAAAUGUCGCUAUUCAUAAUUUUUUGUGUAGCAUAGUGUAAAAUAAAUCAAACAUGCUGAAUGCAGUGUUAAUCUGUGAAUUGUAAUUUAAGAAAGCCAUGCAUGGUCAAUUAUUUACUUCACAAAUUGCUCAUUAUAGAUAAGGGAGUUUGUUAUCUGUUACUUUUGUGUGUCUGGAACUACAUUUGUUGUGUAUUUUUAUUUUAAGGACAUGAAACUACUGUUAUUAAACCAUUCACUCCACAGCCAACAUAUAUACAGCCUUAGGAAGCCUUGUUGCUGCGUUAGCUAAUACUAGUGGGAAGGAAAGUUUGUCUACUUUGUCCGUCUUUCCAUCCAUCUGCCAUACUCCCUGCUCCACUAGUACCGCAAUGUUCUCAGACUUACUUCCAGUGCCAUUCAAAGUAAACCUGUGAAACUGGCUGCAAAACCUUGUAUUUUAACUCUCAACACAACAGUUCAAUAGCUUGCAACAACAGUACAGUGUACAAACAUAUUGAAAUAAAGCUUUAUUAAGCACA